AGCCCCGCGAGUGUUUGUGCUGAAAAACGGAAGUUCUGUCAAACAGAUUUUAUAGGAGGCUUUUGGCUGACCACUGAAAUAAAUCAGGAAUGGACAUGCACCAAGAAGCAGGUCAAAGAGGAGGCCAGGAGGAGGUGACUGGACUGGUUUGUCAGGAGUCUGAGCUCAAGGAUGGACAAAUGAAGGAAGUAACUGUGGGGGAUCAAAAGGUGCUGCUGGUCCGAACCCAGGGUCAGUACAGCGCCGUUGGAAGCAAGUGCUCUCAUUACAGUGCUCCUCUGAUUAAAGGAGCACUGGUUGGAGAUCGAGUGAGAUGUCCUUUUCAUGGAGCCUGCUUCAACGUCAAAACUGGAGACAUUGAGGAGUAUCCAGGCCUAGACUGUAUACCCACGUACAAGGUCAAGGUUGAGAAUGGCAAAGUUUAUGUUACCAUAAACAAAAAGUCUCUGACUUUAACCAAGCGGAUGAAGGAGAUGUGCUCAGUUCAGCCUGACGCCAAACAUACAGUCCUGCUGAUAGGAGGAGGUCCUGCCUCCCUGGUUUGUGCCGAGACGCUUCGACAAAACUGCUACCAGGGUCGCAUCGUCAUCGUCACCAAAGACAGCCUGCCUCCUUUUGACAAACCCAAACUCAGCAAAGUGAUGAACGUAGAGAGCGACAGCAUCCUCCUGCGCUCACUUGACUUCUACCAACAAUAUGGCAUUGAGAUAAAGACGGGGAAAGAGGUGACGUCUGUGAGCCCAGCCGAUAAGAAAGUGACGAUGAAGGAUGGUGCCUCCGAGCAUUACGACCAGCUCCUCAUCUCAAGCGGCUGCAGAGCGCGUCCGUUAAGCUGUCCUGGUUCGGACUUGAGGGGCGUCCAUUUGCUGCAGAGCUAUGAAGACGCCAAGGAGAUUCAUGCCUCCUCCCUCAACAAGAACGCUGUUGUAAUAGGAGCRUCCUUUAUAGGUAUGGAGGUGGCGUCAUACCUGUCUGAUAAAGCUGCCAGUGUAGCUUUGGUCGGCCCCUCCUCGUACCCAUUUGAGAAGAGUUUGGGGCCAGAAAUUGGCAAAAUGACGAUGGAAAUGCUGGAGGAAAAAAAAGUCAAGUUCUACAUGAAAGACAGAGUGACUGAGAUCAGAGGAGAGAAUGGAAAGGUGAAGCAGGUGGUGCUGAAGAGUGGAGCAGUGCUGGAGGCAGAUGUGGUGAUUGCUGGGAUUGGUGUUAUCCCAAAUUCUGACUUUCUAACAGGAAGUGGGGUUGCUGUGGAUUCUCAUAAAGCUGUAAUUGUUGACAAGUUCAUGAAGACCAACGUCGCCGAUAUUUUCAGUGCCGGAGACGUCACUUCCUUCCCUCUGAACAUUCGCGGCGACCAGCGGGUCAACAUCGGUCACUGGCAGAUGUCCCACGCUCACGGAAGAGUAGCAGCUCUAAAUAUGCUGAAGAAACCAACARCAAUUAAAUCUGUACCUUUCUUCUGGUCUGCCUUUGCUGGGAAGAGCAUCAGAUACGGAGGCUAUGGGGAGGGAUACACAGAAAUCGUGUUCAAAGGCAAAGUGGAAGAGCGGAAGUUCCUGGCGUUUUACAUAAAAGAUGAGGAGGUGGUAGCUGCUGCCAGCUUGGCCUUCGAUCCUGCAGUGGCUCAGGUUGUGGAGCUGAUGGCUGAGGGCAAAACCAUCACAAAGGAACAGGCUCAAUCUGAUGACCUGAGCUGGCUGCAGAUGUGACCAGAUGUUUACAGGAGCAAAGCUUAUCGCCGAAGGACAUCACCUACCUUUUUGUUUUUGCUCCCUUGUAACACAAAAUUGAAUAGCUUUGUUUAUUGACUGAGCAAAAACCAAUCAGACCUCCACCUGCUCUUUCUCAAWUAUGUUUUUACCAAAAAGCUUUAUUGCAUUUGAGUAAUCUAAUUUCCUUCUUCUCAUUAUGCCUGUAACAUCUUCUCUUCACUGCAACAAUAUGAAUUAAACUAAGUAGACAAAUAAAGAAUUAUACUAUCUGA